GCUAAACACGGCAUCAACGGGUUUAGUGAAAACAUCCCUUGGAACUCUGUGAGCUCAAGUCGAGGUUUUAUUCGUUUUGAGUUUCACUGUUCCUCUGAUCUAUCGGAAAUAGAAAUUAGGGUUUAAACUUUAAUAAAUUUUUUGAAGGUGUUUUCCUCCUCCAUCUUCUUCUCUCUUGCAUAAUAACUAGUAUCCAGCCAUAAUUCAAGUUUUCAGCAUCUGUUUGCAUCCAAUUUCGAUUUUAAUUGACAGAGAAAUAACACCUGGUGUUUGAGCCCUAAUUAAAUCCAAGCUAUGGCUCAACCCAACAACGCUGCUGGAGUUGACAACACCUUCAGAAGAAAAUUUGAUCGAGAAGAGUAUUUGCAACGCGCUCGUGAGCGUGAAGAAAAGGAGUUGGAAGGCCGUAAAUCAAAAUCAAAAGGUCCGCCGGUGCAAAGGAAACCCUUGAAACAUAGAGAUUAUGAAGUGGACCUUGACUCUCGCCUGGGGAAGACUCAGGUUGUCACUCCAAUCGCACCCCUUAGCCAGCAGGCUGGAUACUUCUGCUCUGUUUGUGAAUGUGUAGUGAAAGAUUCUGCGAACUAUUUGGACCAUAUCAAUGGAAAGAAGCAUCAAAGAGCGUUGGGAAUGUCUAUGCGGGUAGAACGGGCAUCUCUUGAACAGGUUCAGCAGCGAUUUGAAAAUCUCAAGAAGCGAAAAGAGACAGGAACCUUUACUGAGCAAGAUCUUGAUGAGCGAAUCUUGAAACAACAGCAAGAAGAGGAGGAAAGGAAGCGUCAACGCCGAGAAAGAAAAAAAGAAAAGAAGAAAGAGAAGGUUGUAGAGGAGGAAAUGGAGGUGGACCCCGAUGUUGCAGCCAUGAUGGGAUUUGGAGGUUUUGGUUCCUCCAAAAAGUAGGAAGACAAAUGCUUUUGUUAUCUUCAUCUUGAUAGGUGUUCUGUUCUUGCGGCUUUUUGGAAAAUCUUUCUGGAUUCAGAUGCUGUACGUGGAUAAGGACAAAUUUUUGAUAACUCUUGGGCAAAGACUAAUGAUUUACAAAGGAGAUUCUAGAUGAGAGUACUUAGUGUACUUGUUAUGAUCGUUCCUUUUGUACUUUUGUACUUUUUAUCUAUUUUUUGGGAAUCUUAUCUCCUCUUAGCUUUUGACUUUUCUUUCUCUAUUCUUGUAUAAAUAGAGGCCUUUAGAGCUCAUUUUGUUCAUCCCUCAUCAUAUUUACAUUUGACUUUGUACUUAAAUUUUAGUUAAUUCAAGUAUUUUUUAUAUA